CCCAACUUACAGUCGCUCGGAGAUCGGCGAGGAAAUCACACAAAUCAAAUUUAGCGGACCUGUUGCCUCACAUGGUGAAAUAACUUAGUUUCCAGAACCCACUAAAGAACAAAUUUUUGGAACACUGGCGUCAAUUGAAUGAGGGAAAAGGCUGCAGUUAAUUUCACAACAGCUCAAGUGAUUCGAGGACUUAUAUAAGGCGCAGAUAAUGGCUGGAAGAAUAACUAUCAACGGCAUCAGCCAUGAAGUUAAUCUGGCUGCCCUGCCGGCGGAUAUCUCGCUGAACACGUUUAUCCGUGAGUACGCCGGAUUGACGGGCACGAAGUUCAUGUGCCAGGAGGGCGGAUGCGGAGUCUGCGUGUGCACCCUGAGCGGACUUCAUCCGGAGACCGGCGAGCCGCGCACCUGGGCGGUCAACUCGUGCCUCACCCUGCUGAACACCUGUUUGGGUCUGGAGGUGACCACCACCGAGGGAUUGGGCAACAAGCGGACCGGCUACCAUGCCAUCCAGCAGCGACUGGCCAAAAUGAACGGCACCCAGUGCGGCUACUGCUCGCCGGGAAUCGUGAUGAACAUGUACGGCCUGCUGAAGUCCAAGGGCGGCAAGGUCACCAUGGAGGAGGUGGAGAACUCCUUCGGUGGCAACAUUUGCCGCUGCACCGGCUACCGUCCCAUUCUGGAUGCCAUGAAGUCCUUUGCCGUGGACAGCAACAUCCCGGUGCCGGCUGAGUGCCAGGACAUCGAGGAUCUGAGCACCAAGCAGUGUCCCAAGACGGGUCAAGCCUGCUCCGGAAGUUGCAAGAAGCAGCAGCCGAAGGGCAGUCAGCUGUAUCCGGACGGAAGUCGCUGGAGUUGGCCGGAGAAUCUGGGAGAUCUCUUUGGUGCCCUGCAAGGAGCUGUCAAGGAGAAGUUGCCCUACAUGCUGGUGGCUGGAAACACAGCCCACGGAGUCUACAGACGUCGCCAGGAUAUCAAGGCAUUCAUCGAUGUCUCUGGCUUGGCGGAGCUCAAGGGUCAUAAGCUGAGUGCGGAUAAGUCCUCCUUAACCCUUGGAGCUAAUUUGAGUCUCAGUGAGACCAUGGAACUCUGCCGUCAGCUGGAGAACACCCAGGGAUUCGAGUAUCUGUCGCAGGUUUGGCAACAUCUCGAUUGGAUCGCCAAUGUUCCAGUGCGCAAUGCCGGCACCUUGGCGGGCAACCUGGCCAUCAAGCACGCCCAUCCCGAGUUCCCCUCGGACGUCUUCAUCGUUCUGGAGGCCCUCGAUGCCAAGGUGAUUGUCCAGGAGUCAGUGGACAAGCAGGAGACCGUGAGCCUGGCCAGCUUCCUCAAGGGAUCCAUCGAGGGAAAGAUCAUCCGUGGACUGGUGCUGUCCGCUUAUCCCAAGAACCGCUUUGCUUUUGACUCUUACAAGAUCAUGCCGCGUGCCCAAAAUGCCCAUGCCUACGUGAAUGCCGCCUUCCUCGUGGAAUUCUCUCCGGACUCCAAGGUUAAAUCAGCCCGCAUUUGCUUCGGAGGAAUCCAUCCCGAGUUCGUUCAUGCCACGGCGAUUGAAAAGCUGAUCGUGGGCAAGAAUCCCUUCGAGAACGGAUUGGUGGAGAAGGCCUUCGGACAGCUGGCCACUCUGCUCGAACCAGAUCACGUUCUCCCGGAUGCCUCUCCCAUCUACCGUCGCAAGUUGGCCUGUGGUCUCUUCUACAAGUUCCUCCUGAAGACAGCUGUCCAGCGAAAGCAGGGAUUGGCCAGUCAGUUCGCGACUGGAGGUUCCCUCCUCCAACGGCCCGUUUCCAGUGGCAAGCAGAUCUUCGAGACCUUCCAGGAACACUAUCCCGUGACCAAGGCCACCGAGAAGCACGAGGGUCUGAUCCAGUGCUCCGGCGAAGCCACCUACUCCAACGACUUGCCCACCCAGCACAACCAGGUUUGGGCGGCCUUUGUCACGGCCAAGAAGGUGGGUGCUAAGGUCACCAAUGUGGAUACUCAGGCUGCUCUUGCUUUGCCCGGAGUGGUGGCCUACCUGGAUGCCAAGGAUAUUCCCGGACCCAACUACAUUGGACCCAAGAUCCGCGACGAUUUCUUCUUCCCGCAGGACGAAGAGAUCUUCGCCACUGGCGAGAUCAAGUUCUAUGGCCAGCCGGUGGGCCUGAUCCUGGCCAACUCCAAUGCCCUGGCCAAUCGCGCCGCCGAGUUCGUAAAACUGAGCUACGAGGGCGAAGCAAAGGAGCUGCUGCCCAGUCUGAAACAUGUCCUGGAGAAGGCUGGCCCCCAAGUUGGCAAGACCAAGCGGUUCGAGCAGAAGGUCAAGUCCUCCAUCGACGUCCUCGACCUGGAGGAACCCUUCGAUGUGAGCUCCUCCGGCCAACUGGACAUGGGUCUGCAGUACCACUACUACAUGGAACCCCAGACCACCGUGGUUCUUCCAUUCGAGGGAGGAUUGCAGGUGUACGCAGCCACCCAGUGGAUGGACCUCACCCAGGACAUCAUCGCCAAUGUGCUGAACCUGAAGAGCAAUGAAGUCCAGGUGAAGACCCGUCGCAUUGGAGGAGGAUAUGGUGGCAAGGCCACCCGGUGCAACUUGGCCGCCGCUGCUGCUGCUGUGGCUGCCCACAAGUUGAACCGACCCGUGCGGUUUGUCCAGUCGCUGGAGUCCAUCAUGACCACAUUGGGUAAACGGUGGGCCUUCCACUGCGACUACGACUUCUUUGUCCAGAAGUCCGGAAAGAUCUCGGGAAUCGUGAGCCGAUUCUACGAGGACGCCGGCUACCUGUCCAACGAAUCGCCCAUUGGCCACACCGUGAUGCUCUCCAAGAAUUGCUACGAGUUCAGCGACAACUACAAGCUGGAUGGCUUCCUGGUCUACACGGACUCCCCGACCAAUACUCCGUGCCGUGCUCCUGGCUCCGUGGAGGGCAUCGCCAUGAUGGAGAGCAUCAUCGAGCACAUCGCCUUCGAGACCGGACAGGAUCCAGCGGAUGUUCGCUUUGCCAACUUGCUGCCCGCCCACAAAAUGGGCGACAUGAUGCCGCGCUUCCUCGAGAGCACCAAGUACCGGGAACGCAAGGCGGCCACCAUUGCCCACAACAAGGAGAACCGCUGGCACAAGCGCGGACUGGGUCUGUGCAUCAUGGAGUACCAGAUCGGAUACUUCGGACAGUUCCCGGCCACCGUGGCCAUUUACCACAGCGACGGCACCGUCGUGGUCUCCCACGGAGGCAUUGAAAUGGGUCAAGGCAUGAACACCAAGAUCUCGCAGGUCGUCGGCCACACUCUCGGUAUUCCGAUGGAGCAGGUGCGCAUCGAGGCGAGUGACACCAUCAACGGAGCCAACUCCAUGGUCACCGGAGGAGCGGUGGGCAGUGAAACGCUCUGCUUUGCGGUUCGCAAGGCCUGCGAGACCCUCAACCAGCGAUUGGCGCCAGUGCGCGAGGAGACCAAACCGCAGAACUGGCACGACCUGAUCAAGGAGGCCUACAACCGCAAGAUCAACCUGAUCGCCAGCGAUCAGUGCAAGCAGGGCGACAUGGAUCCCUACUCCGUUUGCGGGCUCUGCCUCACCGAAGUGGAGUUGGAUGUGCUCACGGGUAACUACAUUGUGGGACGCGUGGACAUCCUGGAGGACACUGGCGAGAGUCUGAAUCCCAAUGUGGACAUUGGCCAGAUCGAGGGCGCCUUCAUAAUGGGAUUGGGCUACUGGACCAGCGAGCAGGUCAUCGCGGAUCCCCUGACCGGCGAGUGCCUCACGAAUCGCACUUGGACGUAUAAGCCGCCAGGAGCGAAGGACAUACCCGCGGAUCUGCGCAUCGAACUGCUGCCCAAGAGUCCCAACAAGGCGGGCUUCAUGAGGUCCAAGGCUACUGGUGAGCCUGCCAUCUGUUUGUCCGUCGCCGUGGCCUUUGCCCUCCAGCAGGCUCUUCAGUCGGCUCGCGACGACGCCGGCGUGCCCAAAUCCUGGGUGACCCUCACCGCACCGAUGACCCCCGAGCACCUGGUCCUCCACUCGGGCACCGAUCCCAGCCAGUUCAAGCUGAACUAAGGAUGAGGAGGAGGAGGAGUGUGUAUUCUGUAGUCCAGACCGUGAGACACGGCACGUGGCCGCGAUGGAAAUGGUCCGAUAGGCACGCCAAGAUAACCUGCACUUACACCCCCACUUAACCUGAAUGUAGAAUGUAGCAGACACUGUGUUGUGUGCACAAUAAAUUAAAAACUUAUCCAGCGCUUAA